CCCCCCUGAGGCCCAGGGGAAUGAAUGGAUGAGCAGAAGUGGGGGACAAAGUGCCCCCGCCCCCUCCGGCGGCGGAGCCUCCCCCGCUCCCCGGCGGCCUCCGGCCCCGCCCCCUCCGGCGCGGAGCCUCCCGAGGCGGGGAGCGCCCUGCGGCCGGGCGUCAUGGACUGCAGGUCCCGGUGCCUCAGCAUAUUUGACUACAAGACGGAAAAGUUCGUGAUCGCCAAGAACAAGAAGGUGGGCCUGCUCUACCGGCUGCUGCAGCUCGGCGUCCUGGGCUACCUGCUGGGGUGGGUGUUCCUGGUGAAGAAAGGCUACCAGGCAGUGGACACGACCAUCCAGAGCUCGGUGAUCACCAAGGUCAAAGGCGUGGCCUUCACCAACACGUCAGAGCUGAAGGAGCAUCUCUGGGAUGUGGCCGAUUACGUCAUCCCCUCCCAGGGAGAAAAUGUUUUCUUCGUCGUCACCCACAUGAUUGUGACCCCACAUCAGCGGCAAACCACCUGUGCUGAGAGCCCCCACGUCCCUGGUGCCAGAUGCUCCCAGGACAGCGACUGCUCCAAAGGAGAAGCUGCCGAUACUGGAAAUGGAGUGAUGACUGGCAAGUGUCUCCUGGGGGGAGGCAAUGGCAGUGGCACCUGUGAGAUUUUUGCCUGGUGCCCCGUGGAGAAGCCAACCAAGCCCACGAAGCCGCUUCUGGGAAAGGCUGAAGACUUUACCGUCUACAUAAAGAACAGCAUCUGCUUCCCCAAGUUCAACUUUUCCAAGUCACCCCAGAGCCCCGAAGGAUGUCCACGUGGUGAUCACAGGCUCUCGGGGCCCGGAGCCCACCCAGAAGCAGCUUCCUGUAGGACCAACGUGUUACACAGCGAGAACCCCAACUUCCUCAAGUUCUGCCGCUUUAGCUCCAAGACGCCUUACUGCCCUGUCUUCCGGCUGGGCACCAUAGUCAGCUACACCGGCAACGACUUCCGGAAAAUGGCCAUGGAGGGUGGAGUGAUAGGGAUCGAGAUUGAGUGGAACUGCGACCUGGACCAGGCUCCCUCGGCCUGCAGGCCCCAUUACUCCUUCCGGCGGCUGGACAAGUUCACUGAGCCGUCUGCCACCGCGGGCUACAACUUCAGAUUCGCCAAGUACUACCACGAUGUCGAUGGGGUGGAGUUCCGCACGCUGAUGAAGGUCUACGGGAUUCGCUUUGACGUGCUGGUGAGCGGCAAGGCCGGGAAAUUCAAUAUCAUCCCCCUGAUGGUCAACGUGGGCACGGCCUUGGCCCUCAUGGGAGCAGGGGCUUUCUUCUGUGACUUUGUGCUCCUCUACCUGAUCAAAAAAAGCCACUUCUACCGAGAUAAAAAAUACGAACAAAUAAGGAUGAGCUCACAAAAGUUCCUGUCCAGGCACCUGGUAAAUGGGGAGCAGGACUCGGGCCACACAGCUGGACAGGGGCCAUCAGGGCCGGCAAAUCGCUCCUGAGAGUGACCCAAGCAGCAGCCAUGCCUCAAAGGAGCGUGGGAAAUCAGCUCUCACCCGGAGCUGGCCAGCUUUGACCAGUACAGGGCACCCUGUGGGGUUGGCUGCCACCAAAUCUCGUUCCUGCUCUCCAGAACCUCCCUGGGGAUGGGCAAGUCUGGCUUUCUGUGAGCCCCUGGGCUGCAUGGGCUCCUCCCAGGGGCGGCCGCUCUGGAAGCACACCACGCCGUCAGACUGGCUUGACCCCACGGCACCUUCCUCCUCCCACUUCCAAGCUGGGCCGAGGGAGCCCAAUGGCACACUGGGGAGCAGGAACCCGGGGGGUGGAGCAGCCCUGUACAGGGGCCUCUGUGGGUCAGAAUCAGGGGCCCUAGACCCGCCUGGCUGGCUCUUAGGUAUCUGGCAGUCAACUAAGUCUCCUGGGAGUGCUCUAGCUGAAGUUUGUUGGAGAGGCAAUUUGGGGAAGUUAGAAGCUUCUCUCUGCUCAACCCGAGACAGUUCAAUUCCCCGGGCUUCUGGGGCCAGCAUGCUCCCUUGGGGCCUGGAAGCCAGGCUGGGGCAGGGGUGGGGUCUGAGGCCCCAGGCUGGGCAGGCAGGGGUCCCCCUCAUCAGUGAGCAAGGUCUCUGAUGACAGGCAGCCCUUGUGUCAAGGAACAGCUAAGGGACCCUCCUACCACCGAGAGGUGAGGAGCGAGAGAUGGCGCGCUAGAAGGCAUCUUGGAGGAGCACCCCUGGAGCUCGGGGAGCACGUACGCACACGCAGCCACGCCUCACUUCUGCCAUCUGGGGACUCCACGCCAGCUUUUCUCAGCAUCACUUACUUUUGUACUACUGCUGCUUAAUAAAACGCCUCGUAACCCAUAAGAAACUGGAUUUGACCCUACUGGGACUCGGCUGUCUGCCUUCCAAAGUCAGACAGACAAGUCCCUUGAAGCUCCUGGCUCUCGGGCCCAUGGGCUGGAUCUUUCUCACCUCCUUCUCCAAGGUCCUGCAUGGCCAGUGUGGGUGGGAAUGAGCCUCUCCCCUCCACCUUGCUGCCCCCCUUCACUCUGUCACAGGACCGGGCUAAGAAUCGGGAAGGUCACUCUUCCCUCCAACCGUGAGGGCGAGCUUCAGAGGGCUCAAGCCCCGGGGCGUCCACCCCCCUCGUCGUUAGGGUCCUUCCCGGGAUGCGGGCCUUGCCCAGGCCAGCAGAGGUCGGGCUUGGGUCCGGCCUUCUUCAGAAGGCGUCUGGGCUGGGCUGCCCCUAGGAGUCCUCUCCCUUUCCAUCCCCCACCCCCGAGGUAGCGCCGGCUCUCAUCUCAUCAUGGGGUGGGAUCCGAGAGCUGGCCGGGUCCUAAGGGUAAGGCCACUUUCCCUUCCAGGGCAGCCCCUGGCUCAGUGAUUGGGACC